AUGCUGUCGCGAGCUGCCGCGCGCCCGGCAGCAAGCCUCCGAGCGGCGACCCUCACAACCCCAUCUGCGCUUCGGCCGCGGAGCCUACCUGCCAUCUGGAGUCGGGGUAUGGCAAAGAACAACAAUUCGCAACCACCGCGAUUCUCGAAAUCACAAAACCCGGUCACACAAAAACCGUCACAACCACCACCUAGCAGCUCUACCUCCGCAUCCGCUCCCAAACCGACUCCCGAACCUCCGAAGGAGCCCGCUCAUCCACCCGCGGACGACCUUGCAGCGCCACAAGAGUCUGACCAACAGCCGAUACCAGACUUGUCCAAGCUUCCCAACCUCACACAAGGCAUCCCGUCCACGCUCGAAUAUGAAACCUCUGGCGCAGACAAGUCCGCGCUGGCUGCCAUCGAAGAGGAGGGAGCCCCAAAAGUUGGUGGCGGAGGGGGUCGAGGCAAGGGUGAGCUACCCGCAUCGGCGUAUGUCUCUUCGACGGAGCGCCGCCGACAGAAGCUUGUGUUGUGGGCCCUCGCUUUCACCGGCCUGUCCGCCGUCGGUGGUGUGGCAUACCUGGGCAGGGAUUGGGACGAGGAGGAGCUGUCAAAGAACCCCGACGUGCCCAAUGGCUGGAACGUUGGCCUUUGGUGGAAGCGCGCCAUGGCCCGUAUGGGCGAUACCGUAACAUACUACCAGGAACCAGCGUUCGAAAAGCUCCUCCCGGAUCCCGACCCGUCCUUCGAGCGCCCCUACACACUGUGCAUCAGUCUGGAGGACAUGCUAGUACACAGCGAGUGGAGUCGAGACCACGGCUGGCGGGUGGCGAAACGCCCUGGUGUGGACUACUUCCUGCACUACCUCAGCCAGUACUACGAGAUCGUCCUCUUCACCACCGUCCCGUUCGCCAAUGGGGAGCCCCUGGUGCGCAAGCUUGACCCGUACCGUUUCAUCAUGUGGCCGCUAUUCCGAGAAGCGACCAAGUACAAGGAUGGUGAAAUCAUAAAGGAUCUGUCAUAUCUCAACCGUGAUCUGUCAAAGGUGAUCGUCAUCGACACCAACGCCAAGCACGUGCGCGAGCAGCCCGAAAAUGCCAUCAUCCUGCCCAAGUGGACCGGUGACCCCAAGGACAAGGAGCUAGUGUCUUUGGUUCCGCUCCUCGAGUUCAUCCACACAAUGCAGUACGACGAUGUGCGCAAAGUCAUCAAGUCUUUCGACGGUCACCACAUCCCCACCGAGUUUGCCCGCCGGGAGGCUCUUGCUCGCGCGGAGCACAACAAACGGGUCCAGGCCAAGUCUUCCCGCGGAGGCGGCAUGAGCUGGCUCAGCAGCCAUCUCGGCCUCAAGCCGAGUAACAUGAGCCUCAUGGUGGCACCCGAGGGCGAAGAGAACCCCCAAGAGGCAUUCGCCAAGGGAAAGAUGCUCCAAGAUAUCGCCCGUGAGCGCGGCAUGCGGAACUAUUUGAUGCUCGAGGAGGAGAUCCGCAAGAACGGCGAGAAGUGGCUCAAGGAGGAACAAGAAGCUAUGGAAAAGGCUCAAAAGGAGGCCAUGAAGAGCAUGAAGACAUCCUUCUUCGGCUGGUUCACCCCGCCCGAAGAACAAAAGGGGGGAGACCCUCAGGACGGCGAGACGAAGCGCGACUAA